AUGCAGAAAUCUUUAUCUCAACAAAAUACGGCUGCUCUCAUUCAAGAUUAUAUCGUUGGUGUUGUUUAUGAUAAAACAAAAGAUGUUUAUUUGAUGACUAAUCAUCGUACACGUGGACUCUGGUUUCCCUACAGUGAACGUCGUAUUAAUGAAACAAGUUUACAAACAGUUAAGCGAUUACUUGAACAUAUUGUCUCAUAUGACUCAGAACAAGUACAACUCAUUAAAGUUCGUUCAGCAAAAACUUUACCAUUUAAAGGAUACGAUACUCUGUUUUAUUCUAUCGUACCUAAACAGAAUGCUAUUAACGUUUGGUUAAAUGGAAAGUGUGAUGAUUUAGAACGAAAUUUAAUAUCAAUGACGGAUAAUGUAGGUUACUGGUUAACAACAAAUCAGUUAAGACAACUGGCAAAACAAUCUCAUCUAUUGGGUAUGGAACCCCUUGCAUUAGCGAAACAAUUUAAAGAUAAUUUUAAUUUCAAGAGUAAUUCAUCAUCAACUGUCAUUUUUGAAGAGGUUAGUAUUCCAAUUAUUGACACAAAUACAAAAACCAUUGCUGCCUCAUCAGCGAACAAUACCACAUCAAAUGUUGCUGAAACACUUGUCAUAUCCGCUAAAUUUACACCACAAAUACAAGAAAAAUUAUUUGAAGAAUUUCAUUUGAAUGUUAUACCAAGUGAUUAUCUGAAUUAUGAAACAUUCAGAAUAUUAUUUGUUCGAAAAGACGUAGAAAUAAAUCGUUUGAAUGAUUAUUUUCGAGCAUUUGACUGUUCACAAAGAAGUUAUCUCACGUUCGUCGACUAUUUGCUGGGUAUGGCUGCCAUGGAUCCGACUACACAGCAUGGUGGAGUACCAGCAGAACAGCGAUGCCGGUACAUUUUUCGUUUAUAUAAUGUGGCAAAUAAUUCUCGAAUGACAUUUGAUGAAUUUAAAACAAUGGUACGUGAUAUACACAAAAAUAAAGGACAAAAUUUAACCGGUGAAAUCCUAUACGAUGAAGCAGCUCAAAUGUUUCGAUCGUUCGGUCUUCGACUAGAUCAGACAUUAGGACUAAUGGAUUUUUUGAGCGGUGUGGGACAAUUACGUUUUCGUGGCACUUCUGUCUUAUUUCGUCUAACUGUGUCUGUUGCUGACAUGUUAAAACGAUCAUCAACGUCACCAAUACCAUUAACGCCUACAGCUCGAUCGCCAAGUACAAUCACCAUGCCAAGACGAUCUAGUCGCAUGGGUCCUAUGGCGAAUGCACCAUCAAACACGUCAAUCGAUCAAACGAUACCAUACGAAAUUGCCACACACAUUGUCAAGGUGAAAAAAACGGGCGUUGUUAUCGAUGUAACAUCUCUGUAUGAUUUAGAAGUUAAUGGUGCUGUUAGUGGUUCAACAGCCUUAUUUUUGGACGAUGCUAAUGGAAAAUAUGACCGUUUGAAUAGCCAGGAUUGUUUUAAUCAACGAACGCAUGCAAAUGAAAUGUUAAAUGGACUAAGAUAUUUUGAACGAGGGAGUAAAGAAGGUGGUCCAGCACUAAAAGAACCGUUUACUUGGGGUAAAGUGGAUAUGGGAGCGAUGGCAAGAUGUUUAAUGGUAUUAUGUAAACAAAUUUACACUAUAUUUUUGAAAGAAGACCGAAUGAUACGUGUUUCAUCAGCAUGUUAUAUACUUGGUGAUUUACAUGGGAAUUUUCGGGAUCUAACGUGUUUUGAGAAAACAUUCUGGAGAUUGGGCCCAGUGCUAACACCAGCAAGUCUAUUAUUUUUGGGAGACUAUGUUGACCGUGGUCAAGAAGGUGUUGAAGUAGUUGCCUAUUUGUUUGCUCAAAAAGUGCUGUGCCCUCAUAAAGUGCAUUUGUUACGUGGAAAUCAUGAACUGCGUAAUGUUCAAGAUAUGUUUCAAUUCCAUACCGAAUGUCGACGAAAGUUUGGUGUAGAUUUGGGCGAACAAGUUUGGGAAGAAAUAAAUCGUUGUUUUGAUACUAUGCCCAUUUGUGCUUUGGUUGAUGAUCGAGUGUUAUGUGUCCACGGAGGAAUACCUUCAUUAUCCUAUGAUAAGAAUUUUUUUGCGGCUGUGGCAAGUAUUCCGUGUCCCUUGAGAGAUCCCGAGACAGAGUCACCUAUUGCAUGGGAAUUAUUGUGGAAUGAUCCGUUGAGUAAAGAACUUAAUAUGGAAGCAAAAGAAUUAGACAUGAAUAAAGGGUUCGUGUACAAUGUUAGACGCGGCACUGGCUUCUUCUUUUCGGCAAAAGCAUUAAAUGACUUUUUACAUGAUAAUUCUUUAUCUUAUGUUGUUCGGGCACAUGAAGUACAACAAAAUGGUUUUAAAGUUCAACUAAAUGGUCGUUUAUUAACGGUUUUCUCAUCGAGUCAUUACUGUGGAGGUGAAAAUGAAGCAGCAACAGUUUUAUGUGAUUCGAAUAAGCUACGCCUUAUUCGGCUAGAUACAGGAAUUUAA